GUAUAUUUCCUUUACGUCCGCCAUUUUUACCUACAGAAAGCGGUGUUGUGAACUUGCUACUAGUUUAGCCGUUUUUAAAUUGUACCAACUUCUUUCCUGUUAUCAUGGCAGGAACUGGAGCAAACAGUGUUCCUUUAGGGAAUCUUCACCCUGUCUUUCAGGGAAAUCAAAGGGCUGUUAGGCCUCAAGAAUCGAUGUUAAAUGCAGCUCGAGAGGCUGCUGCUAGAAUCGCACAGAAACGAGGCGUGUUUGCACAGUCGGUCAGCACAGGCGGCGGGGGCAGCUCAGGCGUUGGCUCGUCAGGUGAUCAAAAUCGAGGAUGGCAACCUGAAUCGAAAAAGAAACGUCGCAGUCGAUGGGGAGGCGAAGAUUCCAAAACCAAUCUUUCAUCGGCAUUGCCACCCAACUUGACUAAGGACCAGGAACAGCAAGUACUCUUGCACAUCCAGAUCGAGGAAUACAGCCGUAAACUACGAACCGGAGACCUAGGAAUCCCAGCCAACCCCGAGGAUAGAUCACCAUCCCCUGAGCCAAUUUAUAAUAAUGAGGGAAAGCGACUGAACACAAGAGAAUACAGAAUGCGUAAGAAACUUGAGGAAGAAAGACAUAUAUUGAUUCAGGAUGCCUUUUUGUUGAAUCCGGAGUACAAACCACCAGCUGACUAUAAGCCACCUGUCCAGCGUGUCAGUGAUCGGGUCAUGAUUCCACAAGAUCAACAUCCAGACAUCAACUUUGUGGGACUCCUUAUUGGACCAAGAGGAAAUACGCUAAAACAGCUCGAGAAAGAUACCACUACAAAGAUCAUGAUUCGUGGUAAGGGUUCGGUGAAGGAGGGUAAAGUUGGUCGUAAAGAUGGCCAGCCCCUACCUGGUGAGGAUGAGCCCCUUCACGCUCUGGUGACUGCCAACAAUGCGGAGAGUGUCAAGAUAGCUGUAGACAAGAUUCAAGAAAUAAUAAAACAAGGCAUUGAGACACCUGAAGGACAGAACGAUUUGAGGCGAAUGCAGCUACGUGAGUUGGCUCGUCUCAACGGUACUCUUAGGGAUGAAGAUGCCGUAAGGUGUUCUAACUGUGGGGCUUCUGACCAUCGUACCUGGCAGUGUCCAGAGAAACAGAACAUCACAAGCAAUGUUAUCUGUACAAUUUGCGGAGGGUCCGGACAUAUUGCUAACGACUGUAAAGAAAAGAUUCCAGGAGAUCGAGUCCUAGGAGGACCACCUCCACCUAGUGCAGUUGACAAGGCAAAGAUGGACUCUGAGUACAUGUCACUGAUGGCUGAACUAGGUGAGGGCCCUCCACCCCCAGUAUCCAAACCAAGUGCACCACCCCCGUCAAUUAGGCCUCCAUAUAACAGGCCUCCCCCACUGAUGAAUCAACAAAUAAACCAGCCACCCCCAUUGAUGCGGCAACAAUACCGUCAGUCUUGGAUGGGUCACAACAAGCCAAUGGGUAUGAUGGGUAACCAACAUCAACAAAAUCAACCGCCUCCACUGAUGCGGCAGCAAGUCCAACCCCCUCCCCCAAGAAACCCAAUGCCGGUGCCACCGCCCCCGCCUUCAAACGGAGGACCUCCACCCCCGUGGGCAAUGCCCCCACCACCUAUGUCUGGAAUGAGCUCUCUACAUGCCAACCCCCUGCAAGGUCCCAUGACUCAGCAACCAUUAUUGCCGCCUCCCCCUCCUCCACCGUCCAGUGAUGCUCCUCCUCCGUUGCCGUCAACGUCAUCAUGGCAGACUACAACUAGUUCGUCAGCAUCUCUUCCCCCAUGGCAGCAAGCUACUGGUUUAACAGGCACGUCAAGUCCAUCGUCCACUGCACCUCCGUGGCUACAAGCAGCAUCAUCAGCUUCUGGGUCAACGACACAGGCUCAAUCAGCAUCAAGUCCAGCAGCUUCACCGCAGUCACGUCAGAGCAUGAUGGCAAGCAUGCCCCCCUGGCAUGCUAUGCCGCCUCCGAUGCCAAUAACCAUGCCACCGCCAGGACCUCCGCCUGGUAUCCCACCACCACCUAUCCAGCCCCCAAUGCCAUCUGGUCCACCUCCAUCUUCAAUGUCCAGCAUGGCCUAUUCUCAGCCACCCCCACCUAUAGAUUUUUCACAGUUUGCCCAGACAGGGGUACCUCCCCCUCCUCUCCCUGGAACACCAGCACCCCCUCCACCUCCUCCUUCAAGUUAGAUCUGGUUAGAUGUUCUCUUCAAGACCACCCGAACUUGGAUGUGUUUUAAAAAUUAAACUUAUAAUCAUCAUUUUAUAGUCAAGUAUACAUGCAUCCCCCAAGCUAUAUUGAUUUCACAACCAGGGAUAAGUUUCAAAAAGAAAAGUCAAGCCAUUUUGUUUGCCACUAAAAGCUAGGCUAUGAUGUAAAUAUGAUCUAGACCCCUUUCAAGUCAGUGGUCAUACAUUUGGCAGAAUCAAAUCACCUUGGUUUUGAAUGCACUUAUUUUCAAGCCAGACAUGCUUAUGUACACUUUAGGGGUAAAGACAAACACAAAGUAACAUCAGUUUAAUAUUGUCUGUAUUUCAUUUCAUAGUGAAAUGCAUUUUGAGUAAACCAACAAGAACACAUAACAUAACAUUGCACUUGGUUUGGUUUGAUUAGAUUAAAUUGGAUUCAAGGAAUUUUGACCUUUGAUAUUAUAAAUGCAAUACAUUAUACUGUACAUUUAAUAUUUUAUGGCAUUAAAGAUAUCUUUACACAUUUGUAACUUUGAAAUGAAAAAGAUAUGGCGCCAUGCACAAUGACAACAAAUCAAUCUUGUAUCUUGUAUGUAAAUAACUCAAAUAUUAGAUUGGUUUGAAAUGGAAACAUUUUCCAUAAAAAAAAUUGAGAUGAAAUGCAAACAACAUAAGUUUGCAUAAUACAGGUUGAGAUGUUAAAUGUAAAAACAUAAAAUGCACAACUUCAACCUAUUUAUUGAUGUGUCUAACAUAAGAAUUUGAGGUAUAGACAAUAAAAUGCAUAAUAAAUUGCAUUCAGUCUUUGACAGGGUCCAAGUUGAGUUCUUCAAUCUAAAGACAAAAAUGCAUACUGUAACUUCAAUCCAUUUAUUUAUAGUCUCUCAAGAUCAGAGGUUAAACAAAUUUUUAAAAUUGUAUUUUUCUUAUUUUAUUGCUGCAGUUUUAACAUAUAUAAUUACUACUAAAAUGCACUACAUGAAGUAGUGCUAUAUGAAUGCUGCAAUGUAUGUGUAUAUAGACAUAAUAUUGCAUAAAAUGAAUGCAUAUAUUCAUAAAAUCUAGAUCUUUUAAAUCCAUUAUUUAAUACAUCAUUAUUUACAGAUUGUUGCUAUGAUAUUGAAUUACUCCAUUUUGGGAAGAUAUGCGACUGAAUAAUGUUAAAUAAUGUUAUGGUUCAAUUAUAUUUAAACUACUGUACUACUUCCUACUGCAGUGGACAAUGGAUAUGUGCACUUUAUAAAUCUUAUUGUUAUUAACAAACUGUACUUUGUUUUAUACAACACCUACUCUAUUUACAAUCUUACUUAAUUGGUUGACAUAGGUCGCAUUUGAUUAAAUAGAUAGUUCCAUUCAUUUAGAUUAAAGAACAAUGCAUGGUUGAGUGGACUUUACGUUCAUUUUUUGCUUCAUUGCUUCAUGUUGUGGUUAGGUUAUGUCAGGAACUAACUGCAGAGUUUAUUGUUUCGCAUCCAGCAUGGUAAAUUUAAAAUGUAAAACACUAACAUUGUCUUUGAGAAGUGCAACUUUAGUUUUAUAUACAUAAGAGUCAAUUACUGUUAAUUUACUUAUACUUGACAGAUUUAAAAUAAAUAUAUACAUGUCUACCUCCAAUUAAAAGACCACUUUUGAUUUCAAUGGUCUUCAGCCGCUUGGCUCUCAAACUAGAAUAAUAAAGAUACAGUACCUGUAAUAGACAUUUCUUAUGGUACCACAGAAAAGUGGUCUUCAAUGGGGGAAUCUUUAAUUAGAGGGAGACCUGUAAUAAUACUUGUUAAUGGUUGGUUUCUGCUUCAACAUACUGCUUAAAUUUUAAACAUUGAUAUGUGAUGGAGAAUGUUGAUUCACGUCUGUUGAAAAUGAAUCCUCAAAAUAUGACCGCUAAAGUUUAAUUAAGCAUUCCCAACUAACUAAUUAGAGCAGGAAUAAUGAUGAUUGUUUUUUGGUGCAUCUUUGCAUGUAAUACUAGUGUAUUGAUAACCCCAGACAUUAUUGGUUUAUCUAUGGUCUGAAUUAUCAAAUAAAGCACAUUCUCUAAAUGAAGAAUAUUAUUGUGGUUUCUUUUUGUUUUAUAUAGAAUCAUUAGUAUAAUUAAGGAUGUUGGUAAUGUCUUCAUUACACUUAGUUGUAUUGAUAUUUGUAUCUUUAUUGGGACAACAGCCAACUGUUGUGUGUUAUGUUUUGCGCAUUUCACUUCAAAAGUGUAUCAAAAGAUUUGAAUUGAAAAUAAAUAAUACCGUAUAGCAA